AUGCCAGCCGACGAAUACGCCCCCGUGGUGCGUGGCGCACUCAAGCUGAAAGGAUCCGCGCCUUCGGGUAUAAAUAAGAAGAAGAAGAAGAAGCCCAAGACUAGUGAUCCGGAAGCUUCAAACUCGAAGAAAUCCGCGCUGCAAUCGGCGCUCGAGGAGGAGGAUGCUCAGUCUUCGAAGGUGGUGGUGAAGGGGAAGGGAGAGGACGGUGCAGAGGAAUUGGACGAGGAGGCUUUAAGGGAGCUGGAGGAGAGAGGUGGCGAUGGGAAGACGGCUAGCGAGAGGGCUUAUGACGAGAUGAGGAGGAAGAGGCUGCACGAUCGCCUGCAGAAAGAGGGUGUCAAGACGCACAAGCAGCGUGUCGAGGAGCUGAACAAGUACCUCUCGAAUCUCUCAGAACAUCACGACAUGCCUCGAAUCGGACCAGGAUAA